AUGGCCUGUGGUAAUUGGCUGGUACUUCAGCUGAAGCGGAUCGAGAAUCCCGUGCAUAGGCUGCAUGCAGGUUACCUUCUGCAGGCGCCAAGUAGGGCUAGCUUCUUAAGAAGGCCAAGGAGCUUUCUGUGCUGUGUGAUGCAGAAAUUGGCCUGGCCUAAUCUCCUCAGCCAUGUUGAUGGUUCUGUUGCAGCGCCUACACCCACUCUUGUCUUUGAUUCUUCUUCUCAAUCGAAUCCUAAAUUUGUGGAAUGGCACCUUCAAGAUCAACGUCUUCUUAGUCUUCUCUUCUCUUCGUUGACUGAAGAAGCUAUGGCCAAAGUUCUUGGCCUCACCAACGCUCGUGAUGUCUGGCUUGCUUUGGAGAAUUCUUUUAGCCACAUCUCAAAGACCCGUGAGCUUCACAUCAAAGAUGACUUGCAGCUCAUCAAAAGGGGCACGUGA